CCGAUUACGAAUGGGUGUCGCCAGCAGCAGCACAAACACACACAUUUGGCACUGACGCGGAGAGUAUCGGCUGCAGAAAACAAACAGGGUUCGCUUCAGGAAGUUUAUUAACUUGGCGUAAAGGGUAGGAGCAAGUCCCAGUCACCUACCAUGAAGGACAGGCUGGAGGAGCUGAAGAGAGCGGCGGAGGACAAUUUCACGGAGAGUAUUGUUGGUGGAAUCGACAACCCAACAUUUGAAGGGACAGAGUCCAACAGGUUGAAUGGAUUUUUUGAAGACAUUUCAGCUGUUUCUUCAAACCUCACCAAACUGGAGAAUCUAGUCCAGAGUAUCCAGAAGAAGCAAGCGGGGGUGCUGUGUGGGACUGCGAAAGCGAGCAUCUACAACAAGAAGAAACUUAUGAAAUAUUCCAAAUGUGAGUUGACCUGUGAGGCCAAGAUCAUCCAGUCGCAGCUGAACAGGAUGAGGGGUGUCCUGUCUCGCAAGCGGCAGGAGGCACCCUUCUCGGUUGAGUACAGGAUUCACCAGAGCCAGUACAAUGCCUUGGUGACUCGCUAUCACCACAUACUAACCUCGCACCACACGAUGGAGAUGGAAUACGUGGACAAGUUGAAGCAGCAGAUUACGCGGCAGACUCAGUUGGCUGGCUUGCAGUUGCAGGAGGAGGACGUGGACCGCUUCGUGGAGGACCUUGACGCUCCACAGAUUGUUGGGCAGGAUCUGGAGGUCCACAAAGCCAAGGAGCACUUGGCCGCCGCCCAGGAGCGCCACAAACAGCUUCUGGAACUGCAGUCGCAGAUAGCUGAACUUCACCAACUCUUCCUGCAGUUCGAGGUACUGGUGACUGAGCAACAAGAAGUGGUAAACAGCAUUGAAUAUAACGUGGAGCACACUGUCGACUACAUCACACAGUCCGCAGACGACGUUAAAAAAGCAAUAAAGUACCAGAAGAAAUCUCGGGUAAUUGCUGCAGCCGCAGCCGUCAUUGGGCUGUGUGCCUGUGUUCCCUGCAUUGCAAAGUUAUCUUCUUAAAAAAAGAGGUCGUGGCUUUACAAAAGGACCUAGUCCCAUGCCCAAAGGAGAAAAUUGCGAUCUCCACCACGACUAACCGUGUUGCAGUAUUUUUUGUCAUCAGCUUUCUGUGCAUCGAUUGACUUCUCUAGAUUAUUUCUGCAGCUGAAUUUGCUGAAGACAGGAAUGCGUUUGUGCAGUGGGCCUCUGCGAGUGCAUUUCAGGGGGUGUGGGCCAGGGAGUCUGCCUCGUCUACAUCGUAACCCUGAGAACUUUCCAACUAUUCAGGGGUGUGCCAACAUUAACCAAGGGAUUAACAUUAAUAGUUGGAUUUUAAAGGAAGUAGGUGAGAAUAUUAUUUCAAAAUUAUCUCAGCUCAGGCACCCAUUUCUUUAGAGUGGAUGGGUAAUCGCACACAGCUGUCCUGUCCGAGAACAUUGAGAGGGGGAAACCAGAGAGAAGUUGCCAUCGCACCUGCUGAAAAAUUACUGGAGAGUUUUCAGUUGAUCAACGAACUGGCAUGGAUUUUGUAAAGAGCGGGUCGUGUUGAAGGAAUCCAAAUGUUUUGAAGAGAUUCCUAAUGUAUUUAAAUGGAUUUCCGGAAAGUUACCCGCAUAUGAAUCUAGUGCAAUUCAAGGCAAGUUAACGAACAAGUUAAAGAUUGAGCAGAGCAAGAGGAAUUGGAGAGCAAGAAUUAUUGGCAGGACUGAUGCAUUGUAAUGCAUACCGUGAGCCCUCAACUAUUCAGCAACUGCCUCUAUGAUCAAUCUGGAAUAUGGAAUAAUGAAGGAUGGAACUGCAGACACUGGUUUACUGAAGAUAGACACAAGAUGCUGGAGUAACUCAACGGGUCAGGCAGCAUCUCUGAUGGGAGGAAAAGGUGACGUUUCGGCUCGAAACCCUGCGUCCGACUGAGUUGUAUAUCAGAGAUGGUGACACAGAAGUGGGCACUAUUGUAAGCUGUGGAAACAGACUCAUUGAACUACAAAGCGAUUCUGAUGUCGCUUCAGUCAAUGCAGACAGAUCUAUAGCGCACAGAUUUCAACGUGGAUGAACAUGCGGUCGGUCAUUCAUCUUGAAUUCACCAACUGAUAGAACAUUAUGGGAUGGUGAACUGUUAGAAAUGAGGGACGCACAAAGAGAUGAAAAGGUUUGCACUAUGGUUGUUACACAAACAA